CACUGUUUGGUUUUUGGUUUUACGAUGCUGUCGCCAGAUUAGAGAAAGUUUAUAAAAACCCUAGCAAUUAGCAUUCCCGAGCCAGUUCAAAUCGCGGCACACUCGGUCCAAGCAGCUUUCGGAUUUGUCAACAAGUGGACACCACUGCAAAUAAAUCCAAAGUCGAUUCAUAGUAUCGUAGGGGAUCUCCAGAUAAUGCUUGACGAGAGCUAUCCAUCGGAUUUACGUAUCCGCCACCGCAGUAACGGCAGCAUUAACAGUGGGGAGGCUAAACAACAGGUAACAAGUACCCUACACCACCAGAUAGACGACAAACCCCAGUGCGGCAGCAAAAUGUCUAGCAGAAAGGAAGGUCAAGAAACAAGCUCCGGCAAACGCACCCUCAGCGAGAGUUCUGCUGAGGAUAUUACACGUACCGAAAGGGAAAUGUGGCGCAACGAGCUUUCUAUGAAUUCCGAGAGCAACUCCGCACAGCCCGAGAAUCGUAAGGAACAGAUUUCCAGCUCCAAUCACCCAAAUAGGAGACUAAGUGACGCAGUGGAUGUUGUGCUUCGAAUUUUUCUCGUCAUCACUUUCUUCAAGCUGGAAACAAUGGCGGCUUUCAAGAGGGAAAUUCAUCAAGAAGAACUGUGGCUGUACAAAAAUCCCCGGCGACCGGAUUUUGUUAAAGGAGGAGAGCUUCUUUUUUGGGUGAUUGUGGCUCCUUUUUUAGUUACCCUGCUCUUCUAUGGAUUUACCAAAGACAGGCGGGACUUUAGAGCUGCAAGUUGGGCCUGGACACUGGCGUUGUGCAUGAACGUCAUCCCAACAAGCUUACUUAAAAUAACAGUUGGCCGACCCAGGCCGGACUACUUCUAUCGCUGUUUUCCAGAUGGGGUGAUGGUGCUAAAUAACCAUACAGAAAUGGGAUGGGAUGCUUCAAUCCUUGACUUUAAUUGUACAGGGAUUCCCAGUGAGAUAAACGAGGGCAGAAAGAGCUUUCCCAGCGGACAUUCGUCGUUCGCCUUUGCCAGUUUUGGAUUCAUUGCGUAUUAUGUGGGCGCCAAGCUGCACGCCUUUGAUGCGCGGGGACGCGGACACACCUGGAGGCUUUGCCUUUCAGUGAUUCCUUUAAUGAUUGCAUUGAUGGUUGCCGUCAGCCGCACCUGCGAUUAUCAUCACCACUGGCAAGAUGUCACAUUUGGCGGCAUUAUUGGCCUUUUUGCGGGAUAUGUGAGCUAUAGGCAAUACUACCCAUCCAUCUUUGGGCCAGACGCUGGUAAACCGUUGGUUCGGUGGCCCAGUAACAGAAAAAAUGAAUACCAACGACUAAAACCAAGUGAGGAGGACGAAGAGCAGGUUAACGGAGGCAUCGAGGUGCGAAGACCACUGCUUGAGAAUAAAGAACAAUCCAAAUGGUACUAAAAGCUUUACGUAUUAUGUAGUCAAUAACCGCGUUCCAUUUACUAUCCUAUUAGCUUAACAAGUCAUCGCCGUUGAAGCUGUAUUUUCAAUUUAAAAAUGGUUAAACAAGUUGUUGCACAGCUGCGCUGCGCUUAGGGUCAACUCUUUUCGGUUAGGGUUAGUCAGUAGAUACUUCAAUAAAAAUCGCAUCAUGUCAA